UUUAUUUUGCCAACACGGCCUUCAACCUCACUCUCUCUUCUCUCCUCUGCUUUCCUCUGCUCUACUUUACGCUCAGACCUCGCCUCCGGCCUUCAACCUACCCUCAACACCCUAAACGCCAUGGACGGCGGUUCGUCUCACCAUGCUCGCCCAAAUCCAGGUCUAUCCGCCGGGAAACGCGUCCCCGUUUAUUCUGCUGCUCAGCUUAUCGAAAAACAACAAUUAAAAUGGAAUUCGGUGAAGGAGAAACCUUACCCUGCUAUGUACUCAAGCUACUUUGGUGGAAUCAUUCUUGAUCCAUCCAUGAUGGUUCUUCCAAUCGAUGAUCAUAUGGUGCACAGAGGACAUGGCGUCUUUGAUACAGCCGUGAUAUUGAAUGGGUACUUGUAUGAGCUGGAUACCCACCUUGACAGAUUCCUAAACUCAGCAUCAAAAGCUAAGAUUUCUUCUCCAUUUCCUAAGGAAACUUUGAAAAGCAUAUUAAUCCAGACAACAGCUGCCUCAAAGUGCAGAAGAGGCUCACUCAGAUACUGGUUAAGUGCAGGUCCAGGAGACUUCCUCCUGUCUUCUUCGGGUUGCCCAGAGCCUGCCUUCUAUGCAGUAGUUAUUGCUGACAACUUUUCCCAGCGCAAGGAAGGUGUUAAAGUAGUUACAGCCACUACUCCAAUGAAGCCUCCUAUCUUUGCCACAAUGAAGAAUGUCAACUAUCUCCCUAACGUUCUAGCAAUUAUAGAAGCUGAAGAGAAGGGCGCCUUUGCUUCAGUCUGGGUUGAUGAUAAUGGCCACAUUGCAGAAGGUCCUAAUGUUAAUGUUGCAUUUAUAAGCAACAAGAAGGAACUACUUCUUCCCACUUUUGAUAAUAUACUCACUGGGUGCACAGCUAAGAGGCUUUUGGCAUUAGCUCCAAAACUAGUUGAAAAGGGACUUUUGAAGGGUGUGGAGACUCGGAAUAUAACGGUAGAUGAAGCUAAAAAUUCAGCAGAAAUGAUGUAUGUGGGGAGCACGCUUCCAUUAUUGCCAAUCAUUGAAUGGGAUGGAAAACCGGUUGGAAAUGGAAAAGUAGGAGAAUUAACACUCGCGCUGUCUGAUUUGCUUUGGGAUGAUAUGAUUGCUGGUCCAGAACGAAUCUUCGUUCCAUAUGAAGAUGAUGAUGCAUUGCAACAGAGCAAAUUAUAAGCAUCGUGAGUACAUUAUGUCCACCCUUUCCUAAAAUAAUAAUAAGAAGCUAUGAUUCACUUUCGACACUUCAAGUCAUUCUGUAGUAAGUUUGGAAAAUUUUCUUCAGUAUGAAUAGGAGUUCUAUUGAUUUUUCAUCUUCUCUCUUUCUCCUUAUGUUCCAUAAGACCAUCUCAGCGGGGUAUUUGACCUGAUUACUACACUGCAAAGGUCUGGCCUGGUCUUGUCUCCUUGUAUCAUGUUUUGCACUAAGUCAGGAUGCUUCAGCAUUGGUUUUUUGUCUGUUUCCACGUUGAUUGUAUAAUAAAUUAUGUGGUUUUGUUUUCAAGUACAUUUUUUUCUUGUUUU